UAUGAUGUGGUGAAGGAGUCUCCAGUGUCAGUGCUGUGUAUCAGUGUGUGUGUGUGUGUGUGUGUAUGAUGUGGUGAAGGAGUCUCCAGUGUAGGUGUUGUGUAUCUGUGUGUGUGUGUGUGUGUCUGUGUGUGAGUGUAUGAUGUGGUGAAGGAGUCUCCAGUGUCAGUGCUGUGUAUCAGUCAGAGUUGAAGCUGGAGCUUGAAGUUCUUGAACAUCUUCAGGACAGAGGAGUUUACACUUCUUUACAGUUUCUAUAGUAACAUGACAAGCUGACAAGCUGAGAUUUUUCUCUUAAGAGAGAGAAUAAAGAGAGAGACUGCUGAGGAGACGAGUCUUUAUAGCUGAUAGAACAUAAUAGGCAACAGGGAGUUACUCAUUACAGAUCAAGAGAACCAAAAGAAACAGAAACACUAACACACACACGCUUAUAUAUAUAUAUAUAUAUAUAUAUAUAUGUGCGCACACAAACAUAAAUACUCACACAUAUGUGCUGAUGAUGGAUGAAAGUGGUGAAAGCAGCUGAAAGCAGUAAUUAGCAAAACAUCUUCUACACUUACUCCAAUCUUUUAAACCAGAUCUGUUCAGAAGGCCACGUGGGGGUCACGGCAGAGACGUUAUCCCCUCCAGCAUGAUGCAUCAGGGCUAAAAUAGAAGAAUGCCAAUCCUGAGAGGAUCUCCAUGGGCUUGAAUUGGAGGCCUGCAACCGUAACCACAACUUGGCUGCAGAUGCUGAUGCCACCGAGGCAGAUUUUCCUCAGGGUGGUAAAACUUGAGCCAGACGACUUUUUUUUAAAGGAGGCUUUAAAUUUUCCGUCUGGACCCAACUUGGGAGCUCUUGUGCAUCGGUGAGCGAGUGUACGGCGUCCACUUCAACUGCACAGAAGAAGAGUAAAUUCAUUUUUAAACACAUUUCUACAACAUGGCCACCAUCUUGGCAGACGAAGAUACGGCACCGCAAGCUGCUCCUGUUUUGAUGUUCCGCAAAGCGUCUCUGUUUCGAAAGCUGAGGGAGCAUCUGAAGUCUCGAUCCACAGUCACCAUGUCCUCUCCCAGCUCCGGUGGACUCGAGGUUCUCCUCUCUACUUUGGAGAACGCUGGAGACAUCGAGAACAUGCUGAACAUCAUCAAUGUGCUGGAUGAACUUCUCUCUGCAGGUACAGACCGGCGUAUUCACCACAUGAUCUCUAAAGGAGGAAGUGAAGCUCUUCUCUCAGCGCUGGUGAAAACGGCUCGGUCCACGAGUACAAACUUCACACUGCUGCUGCCCACACUGCACCUCCUCGCUAAGGUGGGACACAGAGACCGUAUGAUCGGUGUGAAAGCGGAGAAAGCCGACGCCGUGUUACUGACACUCAGACUUUUACAGCAAAACUCGGAAAACGACAGGAGAGCGGCGGCGUGUCUGUGGGUCAUCGCCACCUUCUGCUCCUCAGUGUCCACUGCAACGCUGCUAGGAGAGAAUCGAGCUUUGGAUGUUGUGUUUAAGCUGAUAACACCACCUGCUGCAAAACGCACUCACACGGUCAAGGCCGCCGUCGACGCCUUCGCUGCUCUCUUAUCUUCGAAGGAGAACGCUCGCCUGGCGGUCGGGAAGGGUUACAUCUCAGGCUUGCUGAGUGUUUAUGAAAACUGGCACAGACAGGACACACAGAAUGAACACAUCGCCGUACGGAGAGCGUUCCUCCACUGCCUCCACAGAGCCGCCAAGACCAGCGCCGCGAGACACGCCCUCCUCUCUGAGGGAGGAGUCACUGUGCUGUACAACACCACACAGGCAUGUUUGGUGAUGAAGGCCUCAGAGUCUCUGGUGGAAAGUGCAGUUCAGCUCAUGAGGAAAUGUCUCCCAAAACUUCCUCUUCCUUUAAGUUCAGAUCACAGCACAUACAGCUUCCUACUUCCUGGACACCCUGCGGAGGCCUGGGAGUCUGACUCAGGAGCCAAUGAUGUAAACAGUGAAGAUGACAGUGAUGAUGAACAAGAAAACGAGGAGCCUGAAUAUCAUGAUUAUGAGGAUGAUUUGGAAACAGAUGUGAAUAAGCUGCAAGCUCGGCCGGAUCCGGUUUGGCCAAAGAAACAGCUUGAUCAGUACUCACACUUCUGUCCUGAACUCCAUCACAACUUCCAGGAUCUGGACUCAGGUUCAGAGCGAGACAUGAGCCCGGAUUUCCGGGAUGUCCAAAAAUCCGAAGCAUUCUCUGACAACUGUUCGUCUCCGCCUACACCUGGAGAGAAGCAGGAAGAGGCGGAUCUAAAGGCCCGAGAUUUCCAUAGUCACUUCCUGAACUGCUCGGGAAAUCAACAGGAAGCCGGUAACAGCAUGCUGGACAAACUACUGGAGAAAUACGGCACCUCGAUUCCUCAUCACGAUCCGCAGCUGUACAGCUGUGCUGCUGCUCGCACCAAGUCCAUCACCACAUUCUCCAUUUUGGCUUUUCCGGAUUUCUGGGGUCACCUUCCUCCGGCCGUGCCAGAGCACAUGGCUACCAGGAGACCUCACAUCCAGAGAAAGCAAGUUUUUGAAGACAUCCAGCGCUUCAUCUGCCCUGAUGACAUCAUCAACACCGUGGUUUUUGAUAUUGAAGACUCCAGUCCUCACUGUUCCAGCAGGUCACCCACAGACUCCCUACGUUUCUUCUCCAAGUUUGAGAACGGGAAUUUAAGGAAAGCUCUUCACAUCCGCAGACACGAGUACGAUUUGAUCCUCAAUGCCGACGUGAACUCAUCGUCUCAUCAGCAGUGGUUUUAUUUUGAGGUCAGUGGAAUGACGGCGAACGUUCCAUACCGCUUCAAUAUCAUCAACUGUGAGAAAAGCAACAGCCAGUUCAACUACGGCAUGCAGCCCGUGGUCUAUUCAGUAAAAGAGGCACUAGAGGGAAGACCUCAGUGGGUUCGAACUGGAAGUGAUAUCUGCUACUACAGGAAUAAUUUCUGUCCAUCUGAAGGUCACAGAGGUCACUGCUUUUACACUUUGACCUUCACCAUCAGCUUUAGGCACGAGGACGAUGUGUGUUACGUGGCCUAUCAUUAUCCAUACACUUUCUCCGCACUGCAGUCUCACCUCCAGAUGCUGCAGCGCUCUAUUGAUCCUCGGAAGAUUUUCUUCAGACAGCAGACGCUGUGUAAAACACUCGGGGGAAACACCUGUCCUCUGAUCACCAUCACGGCCACGCCCACUUCACACACUUACAAACACCUGCACCAGCUCCGGAACAGGCCGUGUGUGUUCCUGACAGCGAGGGUGCAUCCCGGUGAGUGUAACUCCAGUUGGGUGAUGAAGGGAACGCUGGAGUUCCUGUGCAGCGACGACGCCGUGGCCGAGAGUCUGAGAGAGACGUUUAUCUUCAAAAUCGUCCCCAUGCUGAACCCUGAUGGUGUGAUACAUGGCAAUCACCGUUGCUCUCUCAGUGCUGAUGAUCUGAACCGUCAGUGGCUGAAGCCGAGUCCCGCCCUCAGUCCCACCAUCUAUCACACUAAAGGACUGCUCUAUUACCUCUGCAGCAUCGGCAAAACCCCGCUGGUGUUCUGUGAUUAUCACGGUCACUCAAGGAAGAAGAAUGUGUUUCUUUAUGGUUGCAGUAUGAAGGAGACGCUGUGGCAGUCCGGCUCACCCAUUAACACUGCUUCACUUAAAGAGGAUCCUGGAUACAGAACGAUUGCUAAAACUCUGGACCGAAUUGCUCCGGCAUUCUCCUUCAACAACUGUAAUUUUUUGGUGGAGAAGUCGCGGGCGUCGACUGCUCGUGUGGUGGUCUGGAGGGAGAUGGGAGUUUUACGCAGCUACACCAUGGAGAGCACCUACAACGGCUGCAAUCAGGGCAUCUACAAGGACCUACAGACAGGGACACAUGAGUUAGAGGAGAUGGGGAUGAAGUUCUGUCAGAGUCUCCUCAUGCUCAGGAAAAACUCCAUCAACUACAGCAGUCGCCUCAUCGGCCACGCAGCCGCCAUCCUGGACCUGGACAAUGGCCCGAUGGACCACAAAUCCCACAACUGCUUCGAGGACGACGAGCCUCCAUGCGUAGAGACCAUCGAGUACACGUCCUACAGCGAGAAGUUCAGCGCUAACGAGCGGGACGAAGAAAUCGACAGAAACAUGUCCAGCACUGAUGAGGAUGAUGAGGACGAUGAAGACGGCAGCAGGAAAAGCCGGCGCAGGAAGUCGGCCGUGUUUCCUCACGCCUGUCGUCAGGAUUCGUUAGAGACUCUGAGCCUCAAGAGCAGCAACAACAUCGAUAUCAACAACACCUACCUGAGUUAGGAGCUGGAGGAAAAUAAGCAUCAUUAGAAUAUUUAGGCUUUAAUUAUUGAGGAGAGCUUUAACGAGAGCAGCGUCGCAUGUAACAAACCUCUGUAGAUGGACACAACCACAAAGUACUGGCAGCUAAUGAGCAACUAGUGAAUAUGUCCAUAUUAAUAUAGUCGUGCUGUGUAGCGUUAAUUCUUUAGUUGUGAAGCUAGGAGGCUAAAUGAAGCUAAUAACAAGCAGAGCUAGAGACUUUACUCACAAUGAACACAACUUCAGAGGGAAAAAAGAGAAAGACUUAAUUAUAAGCUUACGUAACAUUUCCCCCGUCAAACAAAUGUGAUGAUGUUCAAAUUAGUGAUAUCGUACGCUAUAUUCAACUGACCUCUGAGGGAAAAUUAAACCUUGAAUUUUAUAAACAACAAGCAAACAAAUUAACCAGCAAACGAUAGAAAUACCAGAGAUGAUCUCAGAACUGGACAAAGAAUGUUCUAGAUUUAAUCAAUGAAAGCAUCUGUAUGUCGAUCAAUUAUUUAAAAAAAAAAAAGGCGUAAAACUUUUCCAAGUGGGAAUUCCGUCGAAAUUUCCGAGUUCUGAGUUGAACUCCGGCUGUCCCUGAAUAACAUGCCUGUUGAAUAUUCAAAUGUGUCCGCAUAUUAAUGAGCUGAGCAACCAGCAGCCUCAAACACACUGAUUUCAGAUCAGAUAAAUGACCAGAAAACAAAAAUUGAUCCAAUAAAUAAACUUUAUAAACUUCUAAACAUACAAGCAAAUAAACUUUAUUUGCAAUAAUGUAGCUAGCGUAGCGAGUUCCCGCCCACCGGUGCUUACAAAGGUUCUGAAGUUGUUUAUUUCAAAUAUUUGGCUCAUUUUUUUUCCACCUUUAAUGAAUGAAGAUAGCUUUUGCACUAGGGAUGUGCUUGAUCAGUAAACAUGCACAUUUUAGAGAGACGCAGAACAUUUGCUAAUUCCAAGUGGAACAUUUUGUUCCGUUAGAAAAGGAUGGGGAGGAAGUUGAGAAAGUAAUUACAAGAUCAUUUCAUCCCUUUUUUUUUCUGCAGAAAUAGCAGUGACACAACUCUGACACUUAAACCCUGGAAACAUCUCGCUGUGAGACACGCCAUUAUUUACCACAAUUUAUUUAUUUUUAUUUUUAUUCCAAAGCUCCUUGAAGUUACACCAGCUGAAGGUCUGAUGAUGACGGAUUAAUGAAAUAAAAUGAAAUUUAAAUAAUUAAAAUAAUAGAAUUAUUUCCUCUCUACACUACAGAAAACUGAUCAAUGUUUAAUGUUUAUUAUUAUUAUUAUUAUUAUUAUUAUUAUUAUUAUUAUUAUUAUUAUUAUUAUUAUUUCUGAGACGUAAACAGUAUUUAAAAAGGAGCUGAAUGUUACACCUCGGGUUGUUUCUAAAUUAUUUUGUCAAAUCAUUUUCUAUAUAAAAUUUUUAAAUGCUUGUUCAUUUAUUCUAAAAGUUUACUAAAAUGACACAACAGCAGCACUUCAUCCAGCGAGAGUUAGAUUCUACCCCGCUUCUGCUUUACUUACUGAUACUGGAACCUGUGUAUCAUCACUUUACUGUACGAUUCUGUAGCAUUUACUGAUACUGUCACUGUGUGUGCUUUAUUUAAACACACACACACAUACACACACAGACACACACACACACAAACACAGGCACACACAUACAUACACAUAUACACACACAUACACACACAGACACACACAUACAUACACAUAUACACACACAUACACACACAGACACACACAGGCACACACAUACAUACACAUAUACACACACAUACACACACAGACACACACACACAAACACAGGCACACACAUACAUACACAUAUACACACACAGACACACACACACAAACACAGGCACACACAUACAUACACAUAUACACACACAGACACACACAGACACACACAUACAUACACACACAUACACACACACAAACACAGGCACACACAUACAUACACAUAUACACACACAUACACACACAGACACACACACACAAACACAGGCACACACAUACAUACACAUAUACACACACAUACACACACAGACACACACAGACACACACAUACAUACACAUAUACACACACAUACACACACACAAACACAGGCACACACAUACAUACACAUAUACACACACAUACACACACAGACACACACACACAAACACAGGCACACACAUACAUACACAUAUACACACACAGACAUAUACACACACACACACAGACACACACACAUACACAUGCGCACACACACAGGCACACACAGACACACACAUACACAAACACAAAUACAGACAUAUCCACACACACACACAGACACACACACAUACACAUGCGCACACGCACACACAUACAUACACAUAUACACACACAGACAUAUCCACACAUACACACGCACACACACACAAACACACACAAACACAAAUACAGACAUAUCCACACACAUAUCCACACACAAACACUGACUCUAAAAUAAUCUAAAAACAAACACACAUCAUGCAGUCUCCUGUCUCUAAGGAGAAUUGUUAAAAACUGCAUUGAAAAAUAAAACUAAAAUAAACUCUGAAAUUAUUUCUGAUUGUUUUUUCAUGCUUUCAUCUGUCACCA